AUGUGUAAUAACAAUUAUCAAUUGAUAAUCGAUCAAAAUAAACAGACAAAUGUUGCAAAUUUAUUCACUGAAGAAUUCGAUGAAUAUGAAAAUAAAUGGGAACAAAAAAUACGAUUGGAACCGGAUCCGUCCAUUAAUGGUGCGUUAGCUUUUCGGUUAUCCGGAAGCAAAACACGUGGUGUUUUCAUACAGUACGUAAAUCAGAAGUCAAAACAGUCAAAAAUUCUCUACAAAGGUGAUCAAAUAUUGCAAGUGAAUGACGUUGACGUACGACGUUUGACGUGUGAUCAAAUUGUUAAUAUACUUCGAGUAGCUGUAUGCAAUAAUGGCUAUGCAUUACUACAAGUUAGCCGUCAAAUACGUUAUGCGGGGAAUGCAUUAAAUGACGAUAGUGAGGAUGAAAAUGAUAACAUGCGUUUUUGUUAUCCGGUAAAUAAUAAUCGAGCAACUAAUAAUAUCAAUACCACUUUGCCGGUAUCAAUUUCCGACAUAUCCGGAUUGAGUCAAUCGGCAAUUUAUGCUCGAGUAAGGAAUAAUUUAUAA